AUGCGGUCCGACCCUGAUGAAGAGUAUACUCUUCUCGAGAAAAUUGGAACGGGUUCUUUUGGCACUGUUUAUAAGGCUAUCCAUAAUGUAACUAAGGAAGUCGUUGCGAUCAAACAAAUUAAUCUCGAAGACUCAGAGGAGGAUAUUAGCGAAAUCCAACAAGAGAUUGCACUGCUUUCCCAAUGCGAUUCAGACUUCAUCACCAAAUAUUAUGGUAGCUGUGUCAAGGGUUUUAAGUUAUGGAUCGUAAUGGAAUAUCUGGCUGGAGGGUCAUGCCUUGAUCUGCUCAAACCAGGACCAUUCAGCGAAGAUCAUGUGGCAAUUGUAUUGAGAGAGCUACUACUAGGCCUUGAGUAUCUUCAUGCAGAGGGCAAGAUCCAUAGAGACAUUAAGGCUGCUAAUGUUUUGCUCUCUGGUGCUGGAGACGUUAAAUUAGCUGAUUUCGGAGUUGCCGCCCAGCUAUCACAUCAAAAGAGUAAACGUAACACGUUUGUCGGUACACCAUUUUGGAUGGCUCCGGAAGUUAUCAGGCAAGCAGGAUAUGACUCUAAAGCGGAUAUUUGGUCGUUAGGUAUCACUGCAAUUGAACUUGCGAAAGGGGAGCCGCCUCUCGCAGAGUACCAUCCUAUGCGUGUCCUAUUCUUAAUUCCAAAAGCAAAGCCUCCAUCAUUGGAAGGUGAUUUCUCAAGAGCCUUCAAGGAAUUUGUGGAACUCUGCUUGAUCAAGAAUCCUAAAGAUCGACCGACUGCCAAGGACUUGCUGAAGCAUCGAUUUAUAAAGAUGGCAAAACGCAAGAGUGAUCUUCAGGAACUGGUGGAGAGAUAUGAUGUCUGGAAACUCGCUGCUCAUCAACGCGCCGCUUCAUCAUUGACAAAGACGUAG